AUGGAUCAAAAUGUUUCAUAUUCAUCUUCAGAUGCUGCAAAUGAGGAAUUUUGGGAUCUUGCCAAUUCAUCAUCAGACGAAGAAUUGAUGAAUCUGCAAAUUACUACUCUACAAGAGACGGGAAGAAGAAGACGCCGGGGCUCAAUUCCUGGUCGCAUAUAUAAAGAUAGACAACGAUUUCAAGGCCACGAAACACUCUACAAUGAUUAUUUUGCUGCAAAUCCUGUUCAUGAAGAAGUUGUAUUUCGGAGAAGGUUUUGGAUGCAUCGACAUCUUUUUCUUCAAAUUCUAGCUGCAGUAGAAGCUCGUGACUCCUAUUUUGUUCAAAAAAGGGAUUCAGCAGGACGUCUUGGGCUAUCGUCUCUUCAAAAAGUUACCGCUGCAAUGAGGAUGCUUGCCUAUGGAAUUGGGGCAGAUGUUGUGGAUGACUAUCUUAGAAUCGGUGAAAGCACUGCAAUUGAAGCUAUGAGAAGGUUUGUCCAAGCUGUUAUUGAUGUAUUUCGCGCUGAAUACUUAAGAAGGCCAACUUCUGAUGAUAUUUCCAAAUUGCUAUUGAUUGGUGAGAGUCGUGGAUUUCCUGGAAUGCUUGGUCGAGCCCCUCCAGUCUCUUAUAAGAUCAAUGAGCAUGAAUAUACAAUGGGAUACUAUCUAGCCGAUGGCAUAUAUCCUUCAUGGGCCACUUUUGUCAAAACCAUUCCAUGUCCACAAGGAGAGAAAGCAAAGAAUUUUGCUAAAGCUCAAGAGGGAUGUCGGAAAGAUGUAGAACGAGCAUUUGGAGUGCUCCAAGCACGUUUUGCAAUUGUUCGUGGGCCGGCUCGUUGUUGGGAUCGUGAAAUGCUUCAAAAGAUCAUGACAGCAUGUGUAAUAAUGCACAACAUGAUUAUUGAAGAUGAAAGAGUUGAGCGUGCUGCACAAGAUGAUCUUGAAACUCUUGCAAGGCAAUAUGCUGAACUAGAUAUGGAUAUUAAUGAUGUUAUGGUUUCCCGUAAUCACACAAUAGAGUUUGAGGAUUUUAUCAGCAAUCAUUUACGAAUUCGUGACAAGGGAACUCAUACUAUGCUCCAAGCAGAUCUAGUUGAGCACUUGUGGCAACGUCACUUGGCUAAUAUCAGUAAGUAG